CCGCCAGGGUCCGCUGUGACCCGGCUCGGGCCUGGCCGCUCUAGCCUCGACCGGGGGAAGUCACUGUCCUUACCUUCAGCCGGAGCCCGCGCUUCGGUGGAUGAGCCCGCUCGCCCUCCGCUCCGUCCCGCAGCUACCCACUGCCCGCCUGCCUCCCGCUAUGGCCCUGCUGCACUCCAGCCGCGUCCUGUCCGGGGUCGCCGCCGCCUUCCACCCAGGCCUGGCGGCUGCGGCUUCCGCCAGAGCCAGCUCCUGGUGGGCCCAUGUGGAGAUGGGGCCCCCAGAUCCCAUCCUGGGAGUCACAGAAGCCUAUAAGAGAGACACCAACAGCAAAAAGAUGAAUCUGGGAGUUGGUGCCUACCGGGAUGAUAAUGGAAAGCCUUAUGUGCUCCCUAGUAUCCGGAAGGCAGAGGCCCAGAUUGCUGCAAAAAAUUUGGACAAAGAAUACCUGCCCAUUGGAGGACUUGCUGAAUUUUGUAAGGCAUCUGCAGAGCUAGCCCUGGGUGAGAACAGUGAAGUACUGAAAAGUGGCCGGUAUGUCACCCUGCAGACCAUUUCUGGAACUGGGGCCUUAAGGAUCGGAGCCAGUUUUCUGCAAAGAUUUUUCAAGUUCAGCAGAGAUAUCUUUCUGCCGAAACCAUCCUGGGGAAAUCACACACCCAUCUUCAGGGACGCCAGCAUGCAGCUACAGGGUUAUCGAUACUAUGACCCCAAGACGUGUGGCUUUGACUUCACAGGUGCUGUGGAGGACAUUUCAAAAAUUCCACAGCAAAGUGUUCUUCUUCUGCACGCCUGUGCCCACAAUCCCACAGGGGUGGACCCUCGCCCCGAACAGUGGAAGGAGAUAGCAGCAGUGGCAAAGAAAAACAAUCUCUUUGUCUUCUUCGACAUGGCCUACCAAGGCUUUGCCAGUGGUGACAGUAACAAAGAUGCCUGGGCCGUACGCCACUUCAUCGAACAAGGCAUUAAUGUUUGUCUCUGCCAAUCCUAUGCCAAGAACAUGGGCUUAUACGGUGAGCGUGUGGGAGCCUUCACUAUGAUCUGCAAGGAUGCUGAUGAAGCCAAAAGGGUAGAGUCACAGUUGAAGAUCUUGAUUCGCCCCAUGUAUUCCAACCCUCCUCUCAAUGGAGCCCGAAUUGCCUCCACCAUUCUAAACAGCCCUGACCUCCGAAAACAAUGGUUGCAAGAAGUGAAAGGCAUGGCUGACCGCAUCAUCGGCAUGCGGACUCAGCUGGUCUCCAACCUCAAGAAGGAGGGGUCCUCCCACAACUGGCAGCACAUCACCGACCAGAUCGGCAUGUUCUGUUUUACAGGACUAAAGCCUGAACAGGUGGAGCGGCUGAUCAAGGAGUUCUCCAUCUACAUGACAAAGGAUGGCCGCAUCUCUGUGGCAGGGGUCACCUCAGGCAACGUGGGCUACCUUGCCCAUGCCAUUCACCAGGUCACCAAGUAAUUUCCCUGGUGAGACAGAACAGAGACAACCUUCCAGUCGACCUCUGCUGUUGUGAGAUUCACAGAGGAAGCAGGAGGGUGGACGGUGGUGAGCGGAAUCAUUUCUUUCAACCACAGUACUUAAAACUCAGCGUUUGAAUGCGUUUCUCAGAAAAGAAUGUGUAGAGAAAUAGAAGCAUCUGUGGCUGGUGUGUGGAACUUUGUGGCUGUAAACCAAACCCUCCCUCAUCUUUGUAUCUCCAGCUUUUCCGAAAAGAGUUUACAUGUACAAGAAAGUCGUAGCCAAAAAAUUUUAUCAAUCACACCAUUGCAAUAUUUCAGAAGCUUUAAUUGAAGCACCUUAUGGUGUUGGUCUGGAAUGAAAAUACCACUUAUUAGAGGCUUUGUGAGAAGACCUAGUUCUAACAUUGUCAGCCUCCUGUUUGUCCUGUAAUUGAGCAACCUUAUCAACAGACCACAUUACAGAAACUGUGUGUUUUGAAAACCAGCACGUCUAUUGCCACUGCAGCAAGUUCGGGAGCGGGGGGAGAUGCAAUUUCCAUUUUUAUUUAAGAAAAAGAAAGAAGACUCUCCUUUUUAGUUCUUGCAGGCAUUUUAAUGUCCCUCUGUCCUCCCUUAUCACUGUUGUUCUUUUUCUCAGGCACUAAGAUCUAUAACUAGCCUAGAUUUUUAUCCCUUCUACUGCUGGAUUGACCGUCAGCUCCAUCCUAUAGCAUAUACUUAUUUGAAGAAAAGAACAUGAUUUACUGCUCACCCCGUGCCCUCCCCUUUCUCGGUAAAGAAUAGCAGAGAAUAAGUAACUGCACUUAUUUUGCCAUCCCCUUCAGUGAUUGUCUCCUGCGGGAUGUCGCCUCUGCCCAGUUGGACCUAGUACCUUAAUUCAGUGCUGUUGAGCAGUCACUCAUCUCACGUCACGAGUCGGGCGAUAUGAGGUAGAACCAGGAAAGAAGUUAUUCUGGGAUUUGGUCUUAACCUUUGUGUGCUGCCAGCUGGGCUCAGGCUUCACCCUUUGGAAAGAUAUCCACCAUCUGCUCUAAUCGUGUAGACUUACUGCAGCCUGGUUUCUCUGUUACAAUAAAGUUACCGUAGACCCGA